AUGCAGAAAAACACCUCAAAUAUUGAGAUUCUACGGGUUCAAUCGUUAUCAAUUCUUUGUACGCCUCACCCUUUUCAUGAUUUUUCUGGCUUUUCCCCCCUUAAAGAUAGAAUUGAUCCACAUUGUAACACCAAACAACAAAGUAACAACAACGUUCUUUUCGAUGUUGAUGGGUUUGUUCGCAUUCAAGAUAAAAUCGAUCAACAUUUUUGUAGCACCAAACAACAAACUAACCACGAUUCUUUUUGUGGUUUUGACAACUCUGCUCCCGUUCAAGAUAAACUCGAUCCAUACCGCAGCACCAAGAAACAAAUUUCCGACAUUGAUGAAGAAAAUAUUGAAAAAGAAGAGUUUAGGUUUACAUGCGGCGAAGUCCAAGGAAUGCAUAUAUAUGCCGAUGAGAUAUUUGAAAAUGGAAAAAUACGACCAUUACUCCAUAAUUUUGACCAAUAUGUUCUCUUGUUUCCUACCCCAAAUAAUGACGGUUCACUUCUUCGACUACCGCUAAAGAAGAUCUUUCUUACGAAAUCCAUAAAUCCACUCUCCAUAUCAGGUGGUAUUUCAAAAGAACUUCAAAAUGUGCCAUUGGAAAAUAUGACAAUGGUUGAGAUGUCCAGUGAGUGUUACGAAAAAAACAACUCAACAAGGUCGUCAAAUUUGUGGAAAUUUCGACAAAAUAUUCAUCUUCGAAGUAACAAUAACAAUAAGGAUUCUUUAGUUUUAAUGAAUCCUACGGUUCCAAAAAAGUCCAGCAAGACAAAGGUUGAUAACAUCGUUGUUAAAAAGAGGAAGGAUGAAAAACCCAAAGUUGCAUUAUCGGCUUACGAGAAGUUUUAUGUAACAAAUAAAACAAAGAAAGAUAGCAACAAACGAAAAACGUUUUUGCCAUACAAACACCAAUUAUUCAGUCUCUUUACGAACAAAAAUGCAUUAAGCAAGAACCUGCACCCUUUUUGA